UUUUCGCAUCGCUGCUGUGGAAUAAUUUAUGUCUUCCAUAUAAUAUCUUUGUUGCGAUAGCUGGAUUUGUUUACGUUUAUUAUAUGUAAACGUAAUAUAAAAAUAUGCAUCUGUAUUGUAGAAGUGGUGUGCAGUGUAUCAGGUAAUUAACGAACGUGCAGAGUUCAGGAUGUUAGUAAUACUUUUGUUGUCACUACUUUUACUUUUGAUUGGGAGAAUUUUGUUUGUAAUAGUGAACAUUUUAAUUAAGAGAACACAGUACAAUAAGCAUGUCUGCAGCAACAAGAUUAAAACGGCGAUCGUAAUUGGCUCCGGUGGCCACACAGCCGAAAUACUAAGACUUAUGCGAUGCCUGAAUCCAAGUGUCUACAGUCCCAGAAUUUACAUCGUGGCAUCUUCAGACAAUUCUAGCGAAACCAAGAUACUGUCAAUGGAAGAGGCUUUAGCAAAUAAAUUAAAUCGUGAUCUGAAGGAAGCAGAAUUCAAGAUAGUUAAGAUACCACGUAGUAGGAGCGUCAGUCAGUCGUAUUUUACAUCUGUGUUUACAACUUUACAUUCCUUCUGUGUAUGCGUUCCAAUUAUGUGGGCCUUAAAGCCAAAAUUACUGUUGUGCAAUGGACCUGGUACAUGUAUACCCAUAUGCAUAAUUUCUUUUUUAAUGAACGUCAUGUUUAUAAGUGAUACCUAUACAGUUUUUGUGGAAAGUGUGUGUAGAGUGAAUACUUUAUCUCUUUCUGGAAAAAUAUUGUAUUAUGUUGUAGACGAAUUUUUUGUCCAGUGGAAAGAAUUGCACGAAAAAUAUAAAAGAAGUAAAUAUUUUGGAAGACUGGUGUAAGAGUUGUAUUCUCAAGCCUCAUAAUUAAAAGAAAACAUUACAUAUCAGCUUUUUUAAUUAAUGGUAUUAAUUUCAUUAUUGUGUGCAGUUACUAGCUGGGAGAUUAAUGAUCUGUGUGUUACAUAUGUGAGGUACCAUGCCUGGACAAGACUUACUGUUUAUCACAUUGACUCAUGUCAACAAUUUUCUAACAAAUAAGUUAUGUAAUAAACAUCUGAUAC